AGACAGAUCUAAGGACCUGCCUCAUUCACUCCAGCAGCACAGGUUGUGAGGGGAGAAAGAGUGAAAGAGAGAGAACAGGAGAGAUAGAGGAGAAUAUUAGCAACUGCUGGAGAGAGGAAAAGGACAGGAGGUGAAAAAGAGAGUCUGUCCAGUGUAUUGUUUUCCUAAGACAAGAAGGGAGCCAGGGUGUGAAGGAGUGAGGCAGGAGAGAGAAGACAAGUCUUCAGGAGUGGGACUACCCAGCAGUGGGAAGUUUCUCCAGGGAGGUUAUAGUGAUCAUCGGUAGUGACCCCACCUCUCUGCUGGGAGUCAGACCCCCAGAAUCCAGAGCCAUGGAGCCCUCUGUGUCGACUGAGGUCGAGGGGGAGUCCAAGGAGAGGAAGAAGAUCCACUUUGCUGUGCCGGCCUCUGUGCCUACCAACCUUGACCCUCGGCAAGUGGAGAUGAUCCGGCGCAGGAGGCCCACACCUGCCACGCUGUUUAGAGUAGCUGACCAAUCAUCUCCUGAGGAUGAUCAGUCUACCCAUCAGGUAAAGUGGGUAGUAGGAGAGAACGGAGUGCUCAAACCAAAACGUGUCAAUCCAAACGUGUAUCAGCCUCCUUCACUCAAAGCUGUGCAGAAGAUGGCUGAAGCACAUAUGCAGAACCUAGGUGUCUACCCCCCUUUGGAAGACCCUUGUGAAGGGGAGGAUGAUGAGGACCACUGGCAGGGACAAGAGGGAGAGGACACAUCUCCCACCAAAGCUGCUGAUCACCAAGAGAUGGCGACCACUGAGCAGUCAGUGAAAUUUUCCAGCGUGAGAGAGACAGCCAAGCAGAUCCAAGCAGCACAGGAGGAAGAGGAGGAGGAGGAGGAGGAGGAGGAGGAGGAGGAGGGGAACAAAAUCAAGGAAACGACAGAGGAGAACAGUUGGGGGAGUAACUGAGAAAGAGAGAGAGAGCAGGGCAAACAUUUGGAGGGAAGAAUUGGGGAGAGUGAAGGUGUUUUGUCAUAUGGUUAAAAUCUGAAGAACUCAGAAGAGAUAAGGAAAUGGGUGUGCUGUUUUGUGGAUGUGGAGACUGAAUGCACAAGUGAAGAUGAGAGCUGUGGAUCGACUGAAUGAAAGAUACUUCCAUGAAAUCAAACAUGUGACUGAGCAAAGAUUUCUGCACUACUUCACCUCCUCUGAAGGGUUAGGGGGACUAAAGAGUGGAAAGAGAGGGAGUUUGUGUAUUAGGGGUCAGCCCUUAUGAGCAGGUGAUGAAUGAUCUACUGACAGAGCAGACUACAGACGCCAAUUUGGCCCUAAUGUCGCUUUCUUUAUAAUGAGAGUGGAGGGGCCAAGGUUAACAUGACCAAAUACCCUGUAAGACCAGUCCUCCAUCUACCUUGAUGCUUCUGCACAGAGCUAAAUGUUCCUUUAAAGAGGGUAAUAAUUACCACAAUAAUCAUAAAAUGCACUCUCACACACGUAAGCUCCCUUGGGCACAUUGUUAACACAGACUGUCUCUUAUAUGACCCUUUUGAUGGUCUUUAAAUAUGUGUGGUAUAUGUUCCACUUUAUGAAACCACAGCCUACAUCGUUGUUCUGAUUUGCAGCCUAUUCAAUGUUUAGCCCUGUGAUUAAAUAUGCAUGUACUGCCACCUUGUGGUAGAAAGUAGGAAUGACCGGUAUAAAGUUCUACUCAGCCAACAUCCAUCUUGCAUCAAGUAUUUAAAGUUAUAAUCCUUAAUAUUUGAAAUUAUAUUAUAAAAUGAAAUCCAGUUUUAAUGCUAUUUAUGAUAAACAUUUUCAGCAAUAGCCAUUCAAUGUAUUCCCAUUCUGUAAUUACGUCUCUAUACAGUAGUUUUCAUUGUUAGUGGCGGAGUCAGCCAUUCCCAUGUGGGAUUCAAAUUGCCUUCCUAAGCAUGAGGGAUUCACAGGAAACGAUGCAUCCUGUAAUUCAGGAUUACUGGUUUUUUGAUUUUAUCUCACUGAUAUCAGCUGUUUAUGUUUCACUCUCCAUAUCAGAGCAGUGUUAAGUUGCCACGUACUGUGUGUUGCCAAAUCAACCAGGACUGAAAUCUUAUGGAUUAUAACUUUAACCUCUUGAAAGCUUGAAAGGUGGCUGUUGGCAUUUUCAUUCGUCAAAGAGAACAGCAGAUGUUACAAGUUACAGUUGAUUCAAGGCCUAAAAAAGUAAUGUAUAAAGUAAAUGUAUAAAGUAUCUAUUUCUCUUCUGUCCACCAUUGUAAUAUUUUCCAAAAAGUCAAUCUAGAUCCAGUGAGUCUAUAAUAAAAAGAUAAAAUAUUUGGGGUGGAGUAUCGCUUUAUGUAUGACUUAAUAAUAAGCACCAACAUGUUUGUCUAUAAUUGUGUGAAAUCAAAGAGCAAGUGAGUGUAUGUGUGUGGUUAUUUCAUACCACACUUUUCAUAUUUGAGUAUACUUCAAAUCAAUCUUUAAAAAGGGCAAAGCUACCUCUAAUUUGUUUGAAAUACAGAACCCAACCGUUGCCUCCAAUGCAUCACACGUCUGAACUCGAUUCAUUGUGAACUGAGACCAUGUUAAGGAAUCAAAAAAUGGCAUUUAAAAUCUUUUCCAAUACUGUUGUCUCAUUUGGGAUUUCUCAGUGCUCACAGAUUCCCUUUUGUAUGUUAACACUUUUCUAUUGUCAUCUUUUGAAUUGUUCACUCAUGAUUUGUAUGUCAUAGAUCUGUUGUAAGAGCUAUUUUUCUAAGCUAACGUUCAGUGUUGAGUAGCUCAGCUCUGUCCUGUUUCUACUGUCUCCAUCCAGCUCACAAGUCUGCAUAUAGCAUGCAGCACAGAAAGCCUAAAACCAGGCACUGCGGUUACUGUAUGACGGACAUUUGAGUCUUUUUACCACAUAUAUUCACUUGGUCUGUCUUUUCUUGGAGUCAACAAGCGUUUUUAAAUGUUUUUAGUCAGCAUCUAUCGAAUUUAACUUCCAGUUUAACUGAAGAUACAGGAUCUGGUGUAUGAGAAGGUUUCCAGUUGUGCCAUGCUGUUUGUAUCAUCUGGGCUGAGGUUUGGAUAUAAAAACUGUAUGAAACUUUUUUAACCUCUGACAUGACACAAAUAGUGGGAUGACUGGAUAAGCAGCUUGUGUGUGCUGAGGCUCUGCAGCCGACACUGUCCUCCCUCCUCCCCUCUCUGUCCACCUCCCCUCUCCUCCUGGGUCAGAAGAAAACAACCAUCGAAAGACAUGUAUGAACUCUUAUGCUUAUUCUGUCUUUAUUUUUAUUUUAUUUUUCCAUUCUUUUGUUUCUCAAUGUGAUGUGGUUGUUUUAAAGUGAGCAACAAUAUGAUAUCAAAAUAAAUAGUUUUACCUUCUUUCCUUUAAA